AAACCCCCUGAACCCUUACUUUCCACGGUCCCUGUUUUAUUUCAGACUCAAUUAGCUUGAAGUAAGUUUUAACUUCACACCCAUCUGCGUAUAAGUUAAACUUCUCUCUGUGCCCUGCCCUGUUAUAUUCUUUUGACAUGGAUUGCUUCCGUUGCGGUUCAUUCUUCACUUGAAAUGCUUCAAUUUGCCAGAAAUUGAAUCUGGGUAUGGCGUCUCACAGCUUUUUAUGGGGUUUUGGUAAGAAGUUCUUCACUUUCGGACUCAUAGGCCUCACUGUUUCAGAUCGUUAUGCUAGUAUUCUUCCUGUGCGCGGCGCGUCUAUGUCACCCACAUUCAAUCCUGGAUCUAAUUCCUUUGGGGGAUCAUUGUUUGACGAUUAUGUUCUAGUAGAGAAGUUUUGUCUUGAUAAGUACAAAUUUUCACGCGGCGAUGUGAUUGUUUUCCGCUCACCUUGGAAUCACAAGGAGAAGCAUGUGAAGAGAAUUAUUGGUUUGCCAGGUGACUGGAUUGGAACUCACAGUUCUUAUGAUGCUGUUAAGGUCCCAGAUGGACAUUGUUGGGUUGAGGGAGACAAUCUGUCUUCUAGUAUGGAUUCAAGAUCUGUUGGUCCAAUUCCUUUGGGUCUAGUUCAAGGAAGGGUUACACAUAUUGUAUGGCCUCCUCAGCGACUAGGUGUGGUCGAGGGAAACAUUCAUGAGGACAGACUUUCAUCUUCCUAGUCAGAUUUUGGUGGUAAAUCCUUUAGUGUGAGAGUACAUUCUUUUUUCCCUCAUUUUACCAUUUGACCUAGGCAACAUGAUCCCUUGUUAAGAAUAGAGAUUUUUUUGAUAGUACAACUAUCAAAUAUUUUUUGACAUUUUUAUGCUUUUUAUAAAUAUAUUUGACUUAUUUAAA